CUUUUUUUUUUUUUCUCUGUCUCUCUCACAGUCUGCACAAACCUCCCCAACCCAACCAAGAUUCCACCUAACCUCAACAUGGCCCCCGACGACCCCUCCACCGGCACCAGAAACUUCAUCCGCAAUCCGCGCCGUCUUCUCAUCCUCUCGCCCAGCUCGCAUUCCACGACCAUCAUCCCCCCUCUCCUCCACACCCUCACCGGCGCACCUGUCACCGAGCCACCAUCUACAUCUACAACAACUACAACAGCCCUCUCCUCAACGACAACCCUCGUAGCCUCCUCCGCCGCGUCAACCGCCACCGUAACCUCAUCAACAGCCUCCCCAACGACGAUCCCCAGCACCAGUUUCGCCGGCUACACCACGCACCCGCCUCUCCCCAUCCAGAACCGCUACUACACGGCCGACAUCCCCAUCUGGGUUGACGAGAUCCCCCUCUCGGCAACAUCAGAAACCACCACCCCGCUGCUCCCCGCCUCCCCCGCACAAUGGAAGACCGAAUUCUCCGGCCCGGACGCCCAGGUCGUCCGCGACGCCAUCGGCGCCGUGAUGAUCUGCGUCCGCAAUCCGGUGGACCAUCCGCAUCAGCACCCCCAUGACGCUGCAUCAUUCCUACAAAAUUCGGCAUCACCUCCGGGGCCUACGGUUCCCAUCACCAACCGAGAGCCGGAGCAGGCCGAAGAUCGGGCGGAUGUUCGCGGAUUGAAGGAGUUCAUCCACGCUAUUGGGGAAGUGCGGGGUUUGAUAGAGGAGGAGAGGGGGGGCAUGGGGGUUGGGGAAGUUCCUGGGUUGUUGGUCCUAGUGGAUGCUUCGUCAUCUCCUGCUGGUGCUGGCGCUGCCCAGAGGAAGGUGAAGGGAAGUGGUGGUGGUGAUGCGAAUGGGCUCGAUGAUCUGGAUGAUCUGGAUGAUCAUCUUGAUGUGGAGAUCGAUGAGCCGUUUUCCGUGGGGUGGUGGGAGGAUCAAUUGUGUGAGAUGGGGUUGAUGGGGUGGGAGGUUGUGCGGUGGUGUCCGAAGGGGAGUGCAGCGGACAAGGAGGAGGAGGAUGAGGGGAGGAAUCGAUAUGGAGAAUUGCAAGGCAUGCGGCGGGUUAAGGAAGUGUUGGAAACGCAUGAUUGGAGUGCAGCGGAGGAGACCGCGGGUGUGGAGAUGGGAAUCGGCAAUGACGAUGACGACGACCUGGAGAGACGGCUCUUGGGGCUCGACGACGAGGACGCCGGGGAGGCUGGGUUCGGUUUCGAAGUGAAUGAGUUGGAGCGCGAGAUGGUCGGUCUGCGCAUGGCGAUCGAGCGCGGCAGCGACGAUUACUUUGUCGAGGAGGAUGAGGCGGACGAGGAGCUGCGGGUGGAUGCGGUGGAGGCGCUGCUGCUGCGGAUGCGAGCUAUCAAAGAUAUGAGCGACGGGUUACCCAAAACGGAACGGAAGCGAUUCGCUGCCAAAGCGGUCCGCGAUAUCAUGAAGGAGUUAUAGCAUAGCACAUAUACCAUACUCCGGAUAUAUGAUAUGAUAUGAUAUGAUAUGAGAUGAGAUGAGAUGAGAUGAGAUGAGAUGAGAUGAGAUGAGAUGAUGUGGUCAGCGUUAUUUGCCUACAUAUACAGUACAUGUG